AUGAGUAAGAAGCAUUUUAGUAAACAAGAACUCGAACAAUUAAUUGAAGAUAAGGAUUCAUCAAUAAAAUUUGUUGAGAAGAAAAAAACAUUAAGAUCAAGUGAAUGGUGGAAGUAUUUUCAUAUUAUUUUUGUGAAUAGUGAUCGACAACAAUAUGUGUCUUGCAAUAAAUGCAAAGCAUUAUUGCUACAUUCAUCAUUCAAUGGUACUAAUAAUUUACGUACACAUGCCAGUUCAUGCUCAAGCAUAGAUAAAUCAAAAUCUCUUUUUCAAAAAACUGUUCACGACUUUUAUUCUUCUUCAAAACAAUCACCAAUUCCACUGAAAGUUAAAUUGUCUGUUACAGAAGCUUGUACAGAGUUUUGUGCUCUUGAUGGACGUGCAUUCGAAGUUAUAAAAGGUGAUGGAUUCAAAAAUUUAGCAAAAGCAUUAUUUGAUGCUGGUCAAGCCAGCAAUAAAUCAUCAAUUGAAGUAACAGAUUUUCUUCCACAUCCAACAACAAUCAGUAGAAAUAUCACUCGUCUCUAUGAACAAUACAAAAAUCAAUUGAUUGAUAUUUGUACAAAGUUAACAAAUUUUUGUUUGAUAGUCGAUCAAUGGACAGAAGCCCAUACGGGCAUUAGUUAUUGUGGUAUAGCGUUACGAUAUGUUGAUGAUGAUUAUCAAUUGUUCACGUUUAUUCUUGGCUGCUUUCCAUACAAUGCAAUCAGUCAUUCAGCACAACACCUUCGAGAAUUUGUUAAUAAAAUUUUAGAAGAAUUUAAACUUCAACUUGAUUCAUCAAAAUUUGUGGUAACAGAUAAUGAACCCAAAAUGUUAUCAGCAUUUCGAGAAAAAUGUACUCGUAUUGGUUGUGCUGAUCAUUAUUUAAAUAAACAAUUACAACAUGCCUUUGAAUCUGACCAAAUUCAUUUAAAUAAAAGUAUAAUUGAAAAAGUCGAUUGUGAAUUAGCUCAAAAUGUCUUUCGUCACGUGAAAAAGAUCGUUUCCUCUGUGAGACGUUCACAUCAACAGCAAAAGCUGUCUCGAAAAUUACAAAUUUAUUCUGAAACUCGUUUUGGUGGUGCGUUGAUUAUGCUCGACAUUUUUCGAGAGGUUUUUUUCCAAUUACCCGAAGUAUUAAUUAAUAGUAAAACUAUGAAUGAUUUUAAUCUAAUUGACAAAGAAUUACUCGAUGAAAUUUGCGACUUUUUUGGACCCUUUCAAGAGAUACUUGAUGCUCUCAGUGUUGAUCAAGAACCUAGUUGUCAUCGAGUUAUUCCACUGAAACAAUAUCUGAUGAAUGAAUGUGAAGUAAAAGAAGGAGAUUCAACGGCAAUAGUCCAAUUGAAAUUAUUUUUAGCACGUCGAAUGAAAAAUGUAUGGUAUAUAUCUGAUUAUCAUCGUUUAGCAACUGUUCUUCAUCCAAAAUUGAAAAAUUUUGAACGUUGUAUUGGUGAAAAAGAGAAAUCCAUCAAUGUAUUAAAACAAGAAUUUGAAAUAUAUAAAUUAAUUAAUUCUUCAUCGUUCAAAAACAAUUUACAUUCAGUACAAGCGACUGUAAAAACUUCAUUAACAUCAACAGCUGAUACAACACCGAAACGAAAAAAUCCAUGGUCACAAUGUUUCGAUUCGAAAGUUAAUGUUACUUCUCAAUCAUCAGACCCAUAUCAAGAAAUAAAUGAUUAUUUGGCGGCUGAUUUUAGUCAGACUAGUUCUGACAAUGAUAGUUCAGAUGAUAUUGAUCUUUUAUUAUUUUGGCGACAACAACAAGCCUCAUUUCCAAUAUUAUCAAGUAUGGCGAAGGUGGUUUGCGCAAUACCAGCUUCCAAUACUAUUAUUGAACGUCUCUUUUCAACAGCGAAAAAUGUUGUUACAGAAAAAAGAACACGUUUAGAUUGCGAAAAAAUUAAUCAAAUGCUGUUUUUACAAAAGAAUAUGAAAACUUUGAAAGAAUUAUCAAAUAGUGAUUUUCGUCGAAAACGAACAGCAUCAAUGUCAUCGACAACAACAGUAUCGUCUGAAGAAUCAACCUGCACAGCUCCUAAACAAUUAUGUAUCGAUGUCGAUGAUACUUUCAAUGAUUUUAAUAAAGAGAAUAUUCUUGAUUAG